UCAGAGGAACAAGGUGACGCCCAUCCCUCCCAUUACAGAGUAUCCAAACUACCCGACUCUAUUUUUUUAAAUUUCAUUUUCAAGGCAGAGGCUUUGAAGGACGUCCAUGAACCCUGCGGACAGUUAGUGAGUAAAUUGCUCUGGAUGAUCCCUUUGAAAAAGGCUAAAGAUCUGAGAUCCGAGAUCAGGAGUAGAUGUCUCGUUCAUUUCUCUUCGUUUCUCUUCAGUCCUGGAAUGCUGCUCAAAACAGAAUGGGAAUAAUGGACCUGAAGAGGCUUCAAAUUGACGGCACAGAAGAGAGAUUCACGCCAAGGCACUUAGCAUCGAGUAAAAUUGACUGUUCUUAAUGCAGCAGCUGCGGCAGCAGCCCAGCAGAUGCCUGCGCCCUUAACCUUGGAGAGCGACGGAUGUUCUGCGAGGUUGCCUGGUUUCACACGAUCAAUACCAACUAAUGAUCGAGUGAAGCAGGUGAAUCAGGUGAGGAUUCGGGGGAGAUUUCUGAGCACCUGAGCGUCUGAGAUGUGAUCCAUGAAGGGUCUUAACGGUCUUCCUUACUGACUGAAAUGGAAAGUUCUAGAUCUUCUGGAAAGGCGAAACUGAACGACCUACACUUCAGGAAGAACCGUUUGCUUCUUUCCUUUCUUUCUUUCAUUUUUAAAAACUUUUUCUAGGUUGGAAAUUGUAGAAAGCAACAGCAGGAAUGGCUAAGCUGAAUCUGCUGAAUCUGUCUUUUGUUGAGAGGCACUGAAGUCCCGAGACAAAGACUCAGAAAAGGAAAAGGAACAAACAGGUGUUGAGACGGAGUGUGACAGCAUCCCCUUUCCCCCAAAAGGCAGAUGAUGCAUCUCUUGGCUGCUAAACGCCAGAAAACAGAGUGCAAUUACCAUUAUGUUAGUGUCGAGCCUCCAAUUAGCGCUGCAGUAUGUGGUGGUGGUAGGGGUGGUGGUGGUAGGGGGGUGAUAAGACUUUAAAAGGGCUAGUCAUUAACGCUCAGCUCUAGCGGCGGGAGGUGCGUCAGCCCCGGCGAGAGAAUGCCACUCUGCCGUCCCUCAUAGCCAUCAUCAUCAUCAUCAUCAACAGGCUUUCAGUACACAUUAGCAGGAUUAGCAUCAGCACAUUGUGCUAAUGGAUGACUUGGGGAAGGAAUGUAACGGCAGUCAUGGCCCGGUAACGAGGAUAGAAUGGGGCGUGCAGCAGGCGGUGGUGCCUGUUUUGGACACUUUGAUCAUAGGAAUUGGACUACUGGGACACACUCUAGUCAUCUUCAUUCUGGCAGGUAGGAGGCGCAAGAGAGGGUCACGGUUUCUUCAUGGGACUGAUACGCUGCUUCUGGCCUUAAGUGCCUCGGAUAUUCUGCUGCUAGUCACUUUACCCUUCCACACGGCAGCUAUUGCCCUGGGCAAUUGGCCCUUUGGUUGUUUCCUUUGCAAGGCCAUCAGCUUCCUAGGAGUAGCCUGUAAUACUGUUAGCGCAUUCACGCUAGCUGCGCUGGCAGUAACUCGCUAUCUAACGGUGGUACAUCCAACCUGGGCGUACCGCACCAGCAUGCAGCGCUGGCUUCAGUUCUUCGCAGUUCUUCUUUGGGUACCGGCCGUCGGCUUGGCCGCUCCACAGUUCGCUUUCCGCAUCGUGGGCAGCUCCACUGUAGUAACGCACUGCUUCGUCUUCCUAUCAGACAUCAGCCAGCUCGUCUAUAGCAUCGCCCUUUUCUCCUUCGGCUUCGCCCUGCCUCUAGUCGUCAUCAUCCUCAUGUACGCCAAACUCUAUCAAUUCCUCCGCAAGACUCGCAGACAAGGCCGAGCUCCACAGCUGGAACGCUACCAGAAGCAAGUCACCCAAACCACGGCUCUACUGGUCGUAGUCUUCACAGUCUGCUGGAUGCCUUCCUACAUCCUCAUGUUCUCCCGGGUGGGUCAGAGCGUGGGAAGCACCACAACUGAAUUUCGAUCUCUAGCUCUUUUCACACGCUUGCUGGCCACCUCCUCGUCCGUGAUCAACCCCCUGCUCUACGCCUUUGUGUCACGCAAGUUCCGCAAAGACCUCAUGGCCAUCAGAAGAAGGAGGGUACACUGCAGAUACUGCGCAAUUCCACACUGGAUCAAGUGUUGCUCAGGUGGAGGCAAGGACAUGGUACAGCCCUUCAACCCAGCAGAGCUGGAAACCUCAUGAUGAACAGUAAAUAAUGGACAAUAAAUAAAGGAAGAUCCGCCAGAAGAACAUCCAACUGGAUUUAAGCAAUAGAUAACAUGGUGACUUUUGUUUGUUUGUUUGUUUGGGUUUUGUGCCAUAUCAGCAACAUACUGGCUAUUGUAUGGCAUCGACAAUGUCCAUUACUUGAGCAUCACAGACUUAAAUCAGUGUCUUUAUAUGAAGGACUUCCAGAAAAUUAAGUAUUUUAGCUUGUGGACAGUCCUGAGUCUUGAUAUGUAGAGCUGUAAACUGAAAAUAUGAUACAUAUCAAAAUAUAGGGGUUGUGAUUCUAUUAAAGCUGCAUGAUUUGGGCAAAAUAUGUAAUUGCCCAUAUAAUUUUUCCACAGAAUAUUGGGAUUGCGGUUCAAAUUGUGAUUAUU